GAUUAUGAGAAUCUAUUGGAACAUCAACCUUGGCUGUAUCCUACCUACAAGCUUGUAUGAACCACAGUGACUAGGAGAGACUCUGCCCAGGAGCUUAUGAAGCGGGCAGAUAAUAUAGGAUUUACCUUGGCCCUUGACCAUAAGAAGGUAGAGCUCCACGUUCACCUCGAUGGAAGCAUCAAACCAGAAACUAUAAUACAUUUUGCCAAAAAAAGACAAAUCAAACUCCCCGCAGACACGGUGGAAGGCCUCCUAGAGCACGUUUCCUACAAAGAACCUCUAAGUCUGACGGAAUUUCUCAGCAAAUUCAAUCAUUACAUGCCGGCCAUUGCAGGUGACAGAGAGGCUAUAAAGAGAAUCGCCUAUGAGUUUGUGGAAAUGAAAGCCAAAGAAGGGGUGAUCUAUGUAGAAGUCCGAUACAGCCCCCAUUUCCUAGCUAACUCCAAAGUGGAACCCAUUCCAUGGGGACAGAAAGAAGGUGACAUUACGCCGGAUGAAGUGGUUGAUCUAGUUAACCAGGGAUUACGGAAAGGAGAGAAAGCGUUCAACAUCAAAGCCAGGUCUAUUCUAUGCUGCAUGCGACACAUGCCAAGUUGGUCCACAGAGGUGGUCGAGCUUUGCAAAAAGUACCAAAAUGACACUGUUGUUGCCAUAGACUUGGCUGGGGAUGAAUCUCUCAACUGUGAAUCGUACCCGGGGCACAGGAAGGCGUAUGAGGAAGCAGUCAAAUGUGGAAUCCAUCGAACUGUUCAUGCUGGAGAAGUUGGACCUUCCAGUGUAGUGAAGGAGGCUGUGGAAGUGCUGAAGGCUGAAAGGAUUGGGCAUGGCUACCACACUACUGAAGACCCAAAUCUAUAUAAAGAGCUUCUGGAAAAGAAUAUGCACUUUGAGGUGUGCCCGUGGUCGAGCUAUCUAACUGGCGCGUGUCACCCAGAUUUUACUAAACAUCCAGCCACACAAUUUAGAAAAGACAAAGCCAAUUACUCACUGAACACAGACGACCCUCUGAUAUUUGGAUCUACUCUGGACGUUGAUUAUUCAAUUGCAGCGAAACACAUGGGCUUCACAGAAGAAGAGUUUAAGCGAGUGAACAUCAAUGCUGCCAAGUCAAGCUUUCUACCUGAAAGUGAGAAGAAAGAGCUGCUGUAUAAACUAUAUGAAGCCUACGGCAUGAUCCUUUCCACAGGACUCUGAGAAUACAUAUAUAUAUAUAUAUAUAUAUAUAUAUAAUACCAGUUAUACAUAUUAAACACUCCCUGGGCAGAAGAGGCUUUCCCAAGUAUUCUGAGUACACCCUAAACAGGAUACACCCCCAACUGGGUUACAUACAGUAUUACAGCAAACCUAGCAAGGCAUUAUGGGAACAGUUCUCCAUGUUCAGCUUGACCAAUGUAUCUACCAACAACACAACAUUCACAGCGACCUACUGAAGGCUCUGUCUCAUAUAUUUGCUUUAUUAAUUGUACAUAUUCUAUGCAUGAGGUUGGGCUUCUGCACUCUAAUCCAAUAAAGCCUGAGCUCCGCCUUAAUGCUUAUUAGUAUCAUGGAAAGAUAAGUCUGGAGUCAAUGAACGGGAAGAAGAUGCACACAUUUUCUCCUGCUCAUAAUCUAAAAACCAAAAAUGAAAAUACAUAUUUCGGUUUCUUUGCACAUAAAGGUCGACACCUCUCAAAUGUACCAAACAUCCACAGGUUUCUCAUGAAAUAUAUGGAAAUAUAUGAAGAAAAUAAAUAAGCAGUCUUAAUUUUGAUGCAAG